AUGGCAGACUCUUCAGAACCCAGACAGCCAUCAGAGACGUCGGUUCAGGAAAAUAAGAAAGGGCUGAAGUAUCUGGAUUUCGUACAAGUGGCGGCGAUCUACAUCGUGGAAAUUAGUAACCCUAUCCCAGGCUUAUCUAUUACGGUGGUUUGUAAAAACGCCGGGAAAAAAACGCUGGGACAGGACGAUUUUUUUUGUAGUGCAUCACUGGUGAAGCAAGCAUCAAGCAAGGCCUUGAUAGUGGUUCACAAGGUGCCAGAGGUGGCUCUAGCUGUGGCUUCGGAGGUGCAGCGAGCUGGCGUGGUUGACACAACAAAAAGCGUCUCAAGGACCAUUUACACCAAGUAUGAGCCAACAGUUAAGGAACUAUACACAAGAUACGAGCCAGUGGCUGAGCAUUACGCUGUAUUGGCUUGGCACUCGUUGAAUUGGCUCCCACUGUUCCCUCCAGUGGCUCACAUAGUUAUCCCCAUGGCUUCUUACUGGUCUGACAAGUACAACCAGGUGGUUUGCCAUUCAGCACAGAGGGGAUGUGCUGUGGCAACAUAUCUGCAGUUGAUUCCCAAGGAGAAGAUAGUUAAGGUUUUUAAAGAGGCUGAUAGUGGGCCCUCUGUUACAACCAAUGGUGAAGCUAUUGCCGUGUCACAGUGA